CGGCUCUUAGCUUUAGUUCAGCCAGUCUCGUCGCUCCGCGCAGACGAUCCCGGAAUAGUACGGAAGAUUCAAGUCGUUCAGUCAGCAAGACGACUGGUGCACGCGGCGAUCGUAGUUUCGCGAUAAUAGUAGGCCGAGGAGGAGGAAUCGUUAAGAUAAACAGAAAUAGAGAGAAAUAUUUUAAUCAAGAGGAUCGGCUAUCGUGGAUACGGUUAACAGCCCCGUCGAAGAAACUUAACGAGUCUGGAGGCUGACACGGAAAAUAACGCACCGAAGAUGGAAGUGAUGGAUGCUCUGACUCCCAUGUCGUCCACGACGACAACAUCCGCGCCGACCGUCGAGGUUACCGAAGAGGAUGGACCUACAGUCGAGGAGAGCUAUGAGGUUACCACCACAAGACGCAAAACCGUACGGACCAGUUACAAGAUCCAGGAAACAUCAGCAUCAACGAAAACAACCACCAUGACAACUGCAGCUAAGCUAUAUGGCAAAGAUUUGAGCGAGUAUGACGAUGUUGAUGUUGAUGAGUUACUUUCUCAACUUUCUCCUGAAGAGAUCAACAUACUAGCCAAAGAAGUUGAUCCUGAUGACAGUUUCAUGCCACCAUCACAGCGUUGCAGCUAUGAGUGCGACAAGGAUCCCACGGGACCGCUCAACCGCAAGAAACUUAUUGAUCACAUCAACAAACAGGCUCUGGAGACACCUGAUAUUCCAGAACUGAAGCCUUAUGUACCAGGCGUUGUCCGUGGUAAAAAAUGGGUACCACCACCACAAGAUAAUACGAAAGAAAAGGAAGCGGAUGAACAAAUCGCCAUUGAUCUGGGUGAUGAGUAUGAACACGCUUUAUCUUCUGCUACCCAAGAAGAAAUCAUCGAUCUUGCCGCUAUUCUUGGUUUCCAUUCGAUGAUGAAUCAGGAUCAGUAUCACGCCUCUCUCUUGAACUCUGGGCAACCGGUUGGUCUGGGUUGGGAUGGAAUUACAAAGGCUAGUCAACCAAAGGCUUAUCCAAUGGAACCGCCAAACAACACAGAUGUCGAUGCCACUAUCAAACAAGUUCGCGAAGACGAUCACAAACUUGUGGAUCUGAAUUGGAACAAUAUCAAGAAUAUUUCGGAUGAAAAAUUCAUUCAGCUGUUUGAAGCUUUGGAGAGUAACACACACCUUGAGUCCUUGAGUUUGACCAAUGUAGGACUCACUGACAAGACUGCACUUAGACUGGCUGAUGCCAUCGAGAAGAACUCCACUCUCAGAGUACUGAACGUUGAAACAAAUUUCAUUAGCCCAUCUGUGAUAGUGAGGCUCAUUAAGGCCCUUCUCAAAACGAAGUCGAUCGAAGAGUUCAGAUGCUCGAAUCAGAGGUCGCAAGUGCUCGGUAACAAAAUCGAAAUGGAAAUCACACAGUUGGUGGAGCAAAAUCCUACGUUGCUGCGACUUGGCCUUCACCUCGAAUUCAACGAUGCAAGACACCGCGUUGCGGCGCAUCUACAGCGUAACAUCGACAGGAUUUGUCGCGUGGAACCAUUGGAACGUGCAAAGACCGUAGCGAUCGGCGCGGGUGCUGGCAACUUCUCCGUUCUUCCCCAAGACGCCCUAAAAAAACGAGCGUAGCGCCAACACGCGGCGCCAGAUAAGCACGUGCUUCUACGUUGGGACACGGCGUGUGUCGUCGUCGGCCAGGAUUAUUAAGCGACUCUCAUCGUUCGAAACAUCCACCACAGGAGUCAGUAAAGAAGAACUCAAGAAACACUGUACACAAUACACUACUAUACAAGCUAGGGCAAUUUCACCAGUAAAUGAAGACAAUUAGGAGCACCUACAUCGAAUGGACAGCCGCGUUAGAAUCACUAUGUACAGUACGGCAGUCCCGGCUCGGGGUGGCGACAUCUUAAUGCGAUGUGGCGUUCGCCUAGACCGCCUGCGCCGCACGGGAAGGGCUUCCCGCAACUAUACUAUCGGCUGGGCAAUGCACUGAUGACGGCGACGACGACGACGAUAAGGACGACGAUGAUGAUAAUGAUGAUGAUGAUGAUGAUGAUAGAUUAUUUAUCUAAGCUACCGUUUGCUGCUAUAACACAAAGUACACGCGUGCACAUAAGCGAGCACCAAGCACACAGAAACCCACACACAGAUACAAAGAGGACGCGAAUAAAGUCGCAAAUCCUCGAACGACGCCCGCUGGGAAAUCACGUUCCGGAGAGUUAUGACGUACGCACUAUGUUAAGUAAUCGCAGGAGGCAUCCUUAAGGAGUCCUCGCUGGACCAUUUGCAGAGCCAAGAGGGAGUCGCGUGCUAACUUUAAAGAUUCGCUAUUAAUCCUAACGGAGGCUUUUGUCUCGUCAGGAUAACCGUGAAGCCUUUAGGGCUGGCAACCGUCUCCCUUGAGGUCUACCCGCAGUCACCGGAAGUGUCUCAUUUUUCCCCGGAUACCACAGAAUCCAUAACAUACCGACCGCUUCCGGCUCCGGUGUGAUCCAGUUACCCUUUUUUUUUCAAUCCCUGCUCACCAUCCCCGCGGUUAACGUUCGCAUACACUUAGCUCGAUAUAACUUAAGAAUCCUUCGUUAUCAACGGGCGAUUAUUGUCGUUACGAGCGAGCCUCUCUCUGCUGCAACUUCUCUAUCUCUCUCAGCCUCUUCGUUUUGUGGUCGCUGUUCUUGUUGUUAUUGCUAGUAUCCGCCGUUGCUAAUGCUGACAUUGCUAUCGCCAUGCGCUAUGCAGAUGGAUAAUUGAAGAAGAAAAAUGUCUCUAUUUUUUUUUUCUUU